AUGGCUAAUUGUGACAAUAACCCAUGGAAAAAGAAUGCUUGGGGCAAAAAAGAGGGGGAAGUAGAAGAGCCAAUUGUAAGCUUUGUCGAUGUGAUGAGUGAAGAGUUCAUUGAAGACAUGAGUUUGCAAGAGAAAUUGGAAGAUGAGAGGUAUAUAAAACACAUCGAACAAGUAUAUGGAGAUUCAUCCACUUCUGAAGAGAAACUACCAAUCAAUACCGAAGGAAUGACCGAUGAAGAAGUUGCUUUGGCUCUUCAGCGCCAGUUUGAUAGAGAAUAUGAUGUAGCUCUAGCAGUAGCCACCUCAAGCUCGGUUCAUAUUGCUCCUGAUCGUUAUCAUCCGAAAACUUUGCAAGAAACAGAUUCAGAAGAUGAAGAUGAUGAUGCAUUGAGACAAGCAGCCACCAAUAUGUUGUAUGCUAAGUUAGAUGCUGAUGAUGCUGCACGCCUUCGUCCAGAAGGACCGAGUACUUCUCGUACAAAGCAUGAUACUGGAGUCAGUGGACGUCGUAAUGCUGAUAAAACAUUUAAUGAUCGUAAUCCUCUACCAACUGGAGAUAUGGUUAACGACAAGCUUAACAACAAGGUUUACAAUAGACUUAUGGCAUUUGGAAAAAGUGAAACAAAACGUCAAAUGAGACAUAAAGAUAAAGAAGAAAAGGCAACAAUGGACACUUCUGUUGAUAGUGAUACGCGUCUGCUCCUUCUCAAAUGGAUCAAUCAGGGAGUUUUUGAUUCAGUUGACGGAAUUAUCGCUACUGGAAAGGAGUCUGCAGUUCUUCAUGCUCAAAAUUCUGUUACUAGCUUUGCGAUUAAAGUUUACAAGACAACUUUGUCUGAAUUCAAGAAUCGAUCUGAAUAUGUUAAAGAUGAUUUCCGUUUCAAAAAUCCGAGAGCUGUUCUGAAAAUUUGGGCUGAGAGAGAGCACAUGAACUUGUCGAGAAUGGCUAAGAAGCAUCUUCCAUGUCCACAACCGAUAGAAGUUCGCAAAAAUAUUCUUGUGAUGUCCUUCAUCGGAGAUAGUGGACUUGCUGCACCAAGACUCAAAAACGUCGAUUGGGAUUUUUUCAUCGAUGAAGAAGUGAAAGAAGUUUACGAUCAAGUACAAGCGAUCAUGAUCCGCAUGUAUAAAGAAUGCGAUUUGGUUCAUGCUGAUCUUAGUGAAUUCAACCUUCUUCUAGCUCCAGGCAACAAAGUUCACGUCAUUGAUGUUUCUCAAGCUAUGGAUUUGUCUCAUCCGCGUUGCCUCCAGUUUCUCACUCGUGACAUUCACAAUAUUCUUUCAUUUUUCAACAAAAUCGGUUCUCCAAAUCUUCCGACGAAUGUGACACUAUUUAACAUGAUCACUGAUCUUGAAAUGGUUGAAAAUGAGGACCUGCUCGUCCAGGUCGAACAAUUUUCCGAAGAGAAUCGAUCAGUUGACUUACGUCAUGAUAAAUCUCGUCCAGCGGAUAUGGAACUAAAAAAAUAUAAUGAAGAAAAAAAAGCGAACCGUGGAGUUUCGCCGGCAAGAGAAUAUAAUUAA